AGUGAGGGGCGCUAUUCCUGGGCCAGUAGCACCCGAGCCCCGGGUUUGACUGCGUCCGCCCUGCGAUGGACCCCAACACCAUUAUCGAAGCCCUGCGGGGCACCAUGGACCCAGCCCUGCGUGAGGCCACGAAGCACCAGCUCAAUGAAGCACACAAGUCUCUGAAUUUUGUUUCAACACUGCUUCAGAUUACUAUGUCGGAACAACUGGAUUUACCUGUGAGACAGGCAGGUGUUAUCUAUUUGAGAAAUACGAUAACACAGUAUUGGCCUGAUCGGGAAACAGCACCAGGGGAUAUAUCCCCUUAUACUAUUCCAGAAGAAGAUCGACAUUGUAUUUGAGAAAAUAUCGUAGAAGUCAUUAUCCACUCUCCUGAGCUCAUCAGGGUACAGCUUACUACAUGCAUUCAUCAUAUCAUCAAACAUGAUUAUCCAAGUCGCUGGACUGCCAUUGUGGACAAAAUUGGCUUUUACCUUCAGUCUGAUAACAGUGCAUGUUGGCUAGGAAUUCUUCUUUGCCUCUAUCAGCUUGUGAAAAAUUAUGAAUAUAAGAAACCAGAGGAACGGAGUCCAUUGGUAGCAGCAAUGCAAUAUUUCCUGCCAGUUCUAAAGGACUGUUUUAUCUAGCUUCUUUCUGAUCAGUCUGAUCAAUCUGUCCUCAUCCAGAAACCAAUUUUCAAGAUCUCCUAUGCUCUUGUUCAGUAUACACUACCACUGGAGCUGAUAAACCAACAGAACCUGACAGAAUGGAUAGAAAUUUUAAUGACUGUUGUGAACAGGGUUGUACCUAUAGAAACACUUCAAGUUGAAGAAGAUGAUAGACCUGAGUUACCAUGGUGGAAAUGUAAGAAGUGAGCUUUACAUAUCUUAGCAAGGCUUUUUGAAAGAUAUGGAAGCCCUGGCAAUGUUUCCAAGGAGUAUAAUGAAUUUGCUGAAGUAUUUCUGAAGGCAUUUGCUGUUGAUGUCCAACAAGUUUUAUUGAAGGUGUUAUAUCAGUACAAGGAGAAGCAAUAUAUGGCUCCUCGAGUUUUACAACAGACAUUAAAUUAUAUUAAUCAAGGAGUUUCUCAUGCUCUCACCUGGAAGAAUCUGAAGCCUCAUAUACAAGGCAUUAUCCAAGAUGUUAUUUUUCCAUUGAUGUGCUAUACAGAUGCUGAUGAGGAACUUUGGCAAGAAGACCCCUAUGAAUAUAUACGCAUGAAGUUUGAUGUGUUUGAGGAUUUCAUCUCCCCUACCACUGCUGCCCAGACACUUUUGUUUACAGCUUGUAGUAAGAGGAGAGAGGUACUACAAAAGACUAUGGGAUUUUGCUACCAGAUUCUUAGAGAACCAAAUGCUGAUCCUCGAAAAAAAUAUGGAGCCCUGCAUAUGAUUGGCUCUUUAGCUGAAAUACUUCUGAAGAAAAAGAUCUACAAAGAUCAGAUGGAAUAUAUGUUGCAAAAUCAUGUAUUCCCUCUCUUCAGCAGUGAACUAGGCUACAUGAGAGCGAGGGCUUGCUGGGUCCUUCACUAUUUUUGUGAAGUGAAGUUCAAAAGUGACCAGAACCUGCAAACAGCCCUAGAGAUGACACGAAGAUGUCUGAUUGAUGAUAGGGAAAUGCCUGUUAAAGUGGAAGCUGCCAUUGCACUUCAAGUGCUGAUCAGCAAUCACGAGAAAGCUAAAGACUACAUCACACCAUUCAUCAGACCUGUCAUGCAGGCUCUUCUUCAUAUUUUAAGAGAAACAGAAAAUGAUGAUCUUACCAAUGUAAUUCAGAAAAUGAUCUGCGAGUAUAGUGAAGAAGUUACUCCUACUGCAGUAGAAAUGACACAACAUUUGGCAAUGACAUUUAAUCAAGUAAUCCAGACUGGGCCAGAUGAAGAAGAAAGUGAUGACAAAGCAGCUACUGCUAUGGGAAUCCUGAAUACCAUCGACACACUUCCUAGUGUAGUUGAAUAUCAUAAAGAAAUAACCCAGCAGGUUGAAGGAAUCUGCUUACAGGUCAUUGGAACUGUUUUACAACAGCAUGUCUCAGAAUUCUACGAGGAGAUCUUCUCUUUAGCACAUAGUUUGACAUGUCAACAAGUGUCUCCACAGAUGUGGCAGCUACUACCUCUGGUAUUUGAGGUUUUUCAGCACGAUGGCUUUGAUUACUUUACAGAUAUGAUGCCUCUGCUUCAUACUUAUGUAACAGUUGAUACAGACACACUUCUGUCUGAUACCAAGUACCUUGAAAUGAUAUACAGUAUGUGCAAAAAGAUUCUUACAGGAGUUGCAGGAGAAGAUGCAGAAUGUCAUGCAGCAAAAUUGUUAGAGGUCAUCAUUCUGCAGUGCAAAGGGCGUGGCAUUGACCAGUGUAUUUCGUUAUUCGUGGAAGCAGCUUUAGAGAGACUGACAAGAGAGGUGAAGACAAGUGAACUUCGAACAAUGUGCCUGCAAUUUGCCAUUGCAGCUUUGUAUUAUAAUCCAUACCUACUUCUCAACACCUUAGAAAAUCUUCACUUCCCUAAUAAUAUUGAACCAGUUACAAAUCAUUUUAUUACACAGUGGCUUAAUGAAGUUGAUUGUUUCUUGGGGCUUCACGACGGAAAGAUGUGCGUUCUGGGCCUAUGUGCUCUUAUUGAUAUGGAACAAACACCACAAGUUUUAAAUCAGGUUUCUGGCCAGAUUUUGCCAGAUUUUAUUCUUUUAUUUAACAGAUUAAAAAGAGCAUAUGCCUGCCAUGCAGAACAUGAGAAUGACAGUGAUGAUGAUGAUGAUGAAGGUGAAGAUGAUGAUAAAUCGGAGGAACUGGGGAGUGAUGAAGAUGAUAUUGGUGAAGAUGGACAAGAAUAUUUGGAGAUGCUGGCUAAGUAAGCGGGCGAAGAUGGAGAUGAUGAAGACUAGGAAGAAGAUGAUGCUGAAGAAACUGCCCUGGAAGGCUAUUCCACGAUCAUUGAUGAUGAAGAUAACCCUGUUGAUGAGUAUCAGAUAUUUAAAGCUAUAUUUCAAACUAUACAACAUCGUAAUCCCGUGUGGUAUCAGGCUCUGACUCAUGGUCUUAAUGAAGAACAA